AUGGCAGAGAAAAAGAUGUCGACGAGUCGGAGGAAUCAGCUCAAGACUCGCUCCUCCUCUUCCUCUCAGAGCUUGCUGCUGCAGAUUGGCGAGUCGAUGCUGGAGGAGGAGGCGCGAGAGGCCGAGAGGGAGAAGAUGAAGUACAUGGAGGAGAACUGCCCCUUGCUCUCCAUCCCAGGCUGCAUGCAGGAGCUCCAGGAGCUGUGCCGGAAACUUUCCAAGCAGAUUGACUUGGUGGACGAGGAGCGAUACGACAUGGACAUCAAAGUUAAAAAGUCCAACAAAGAGAUUGAUGACCUGAAGCUGAUGGUUCAGGAUCUGAAGGGGAAGUUUAAGAAGCCGGCCCUGAAGAAGGUGCGGAUGUCGGCCGACGCCAUGCUGGCCGCGCUGCUGGGCUCCAAACACAAAGUGUCCAUGGACCUGAGAGCCAACCUGAAGCAGGUCAAGAAGGAGGUCAAAGAGGAGGAGAAGCAAACCGGCGACUGGAGGAAGAACAUUGAAGACAAGGCCGGGAUGGACGGCAGGAAGAAGAUGUUUGAGACAGAAGCUUGAACAUCAGUGCUUAGUUCUGCUGUUGAUCAUUCAUUUCUACAUAUUAUGUGAGUCCAUGCUGUUGGAAAAUUGUAAAAAUGUGAUAAUAAAUGUCUGGUGUGUUUCAGGUGAUAAUUUGAUGAAUAAGAAACAGGGUGUGAAAGAACACAUUGCAAAAAUGAAAGAGAAUAAAGUUAAAAAGAAUAAACAGA